AUGACCACAGAAGACAAGUACGAAACGUUGGAGAAGAUUGGUGAGCCAAUAUCCUCCCCCCUCGUUGCCUUGUGUCAUGGAUCGUUUGGCAUCAUCCGUAAAGUUCGCCGAAAAACAGAUGGCUUCAUCAUGUGUCGAAAGGAGAUUUCCUACCUCCGCAUGUCCCAGAAGGAGCGCGAGCAGCUCCACGCCGAAUUUCAGAUCCUCUCCCACCUCCGACACCCAAACAUCGUCGCCUACUACCAUCGAGAGCACCUCAAGAUGAGCCAGGACCUACACCUGUACAUGGAGUACUGUGGCAACGGCGACCUGGGCCGCGUCAUCAAGGAUCUGCAGCACAAGGGGCAGCGUGCCCCCGAGAGCUUCGUCUGGAGCAUCUUCAGCCAGCUCACCCUCGCCCUGUACCGGUGCCACUACGGUGUCGACCCCCCCGAGGUUGGCACCAACGUCCUCGGUCUGACCAAGGGCACCAUAAACGGCGCUCCCAAGGUGCCCGCGGGGACCAUGACUAUCCUCCACCGAGAUCUGAAGCCAGAGAAUGUCUUCCUCGACGAGGAUAACUCGGUCAAGCUGGGCGACUUUGGCCUGUCCAAGAUGAUCAAAUCGCAAGACUUCGCCUCCACCUACGUCGGCACCCCCUUCUACAUGUCGCCCGAGAUCUGCGCCGCCGAGAAGUACACGCUCAAGUCGGACAUCUGGUCCAUGGGGUGCAUAAUAUACGAGCUCUGCUCGCGGGAGCCGCCCUUCAACGCCAAGACGCACUUUCAACUGGUGCAGAAGAUCAAGGAGGGCCGCGUCGCCCCCCUGCCCGAGAUGUACUCGGCCGAGCUCAACAACGUCAUCAAGGACUGCCUCCGCGUCAACCCAGACCGGCGGCCCGAUACGGCCUCGCUGCUCAACCUCCCGGUCGUCAAGCUGAUGCGCAAGGAGAAGGAGGUGGCUGACCUCAACAAAUCGUUGCGCGCCAGGGAGACGGGCGUCAAGAACAAGGAGAAGGAGCUCAACGAGAAGCUGGCCAGGCUCGAGCGUGAGAGGGUGGCGGCGCGCGAGGACAUGGAGGCGUCGGUUCGCCGCGAGUGGGAGGUCAGGGCCCAGCUUGAGAUUGACCGUCUCGUCCAGGCUGAGUUCGAGAAGCUCCGCAAGCAGUUCGACCAGGAGCUCCGGGCACGUGUCGACGCCGAGGUCCGGAAGCAGGCUGCCUACAAUGCACCUCUUCCUAUUACUACUACUACAGCUGCUGCUGCUGCUACUGCCGCUACCGCCACUGCCGCUGCCGCCGUCGCUACGGUACCUGCUACUGUCCCGGAGCCUAGAAAGGCAGAGAGGCGUGAGCCGGUAACGGCGACGGCGACAAAUGCCUCCACCAGAUCUGAAUACCUGCCACGCUCACCGGUAGGCACGGGCAGCUACAAUGACAUCGGCUCCGCGACCAACUUCACGCAGUACUCGCUCGAGAGUCCUGACACGAGCCGCGAGGCUAGGGAGCCGCGUAAGGCGGUGCGGACACCGUUCGGCCGUGCGCAGACCAUGUUUGCGGGCGUAGCCGGCACCCCGAUGGACAUCGAGAUGGCGUCGCCCAGCCCCAUCGCGCUCGCGUCGCUGUCGCUGUCUCCCCGGCGCGCCGACGCCACCAAGGUGCUCUCGAGGCCCGAGGGCAACAUCUUUCCCAUCAACCACGGCUCCGAGGACCCCGAGUGGUCGAUGGAUCGCGAGCCGACGCUCGACGAGUCGGACGAGGAGGACAUCGUCCCCUCGCCCACGCGGCACAUCAAGUCGAGCAAGAACCCCUUCACGUCAAAGUCCCGCCCGGUCCUCACGUCGCAGAAGUCAUGCCCGGUCAGCCAGCUCAACCUGCUCAACACCAGCCCCACCAGCAGCACGGGCAGCAGCACGGGAAGCACCGCCGCCACCAGCAGCAGCAUCAGCAGCAUCGGCAGCACCACCACCACCGGCGGUCUCAAGUCCAAGGCGGGCGGUCUGGUAUCCAAGGUCGGGCUGGGCGCCGCCCCAUCGGACCGAUCCCCGCCCCGCCGUCUCAGCAAGAUCCCAUCGGCCGCCAACCUCGCCGGCGAGGCACGCAAGAGGGGGGUUGCCGGUGCAGGUGCGAGCGACAAGGACGGCAGCGAGGCCCUCGGCAAGGUGGCCGUCAAGAACAACAUCAAGGGCCGGACCCUCGUCGAACUCCAGCAGGCCCGCGCCGGCGGCCGACCCAUCACGGCGGCAUCGUCGGCCCCGACCUCGGGCUCCGAGAACAACACCAGCAGCACCUCCAGCUCCAAGAAUGCCAGCCCCAAGCGUCGCGCUGCCAGCGAGCGUCGCGUGAGCAUCUCCAGCGGGGGGAGUUCCGGCAGCGGCAGCGGAAGCGGCAUCAGCAGCAUCAGCAGCACCCUCGAAGCUGUUGCCACGUGGGAUCCCGAGAAGGAUGAGAUGCCCAGUCCUUUUCUUGUCAGGAAUCGUCACAUCGCCAAGGUCUAG